UUUUUCUUUUUCGCCGGAUUGUACAGAAUUUGUUGGCUUAAUUUAAUUAAAAAGAAAAAGAAAAAGAGAGAAGGUUUGUUCGUAAGGUCUACGCAUUAGAUGAAGCAAGUGGAAGUCGCUGAUAAAUAAGUGUUGUUCUGUAAUCUGUUGAGCGGUGUGAAGAAGAGUCGUCGGAACUCAAACGCAGUGAUUAUCAGAAAAUAAGCAGAUGAUAUAGAUUUUGUGUAUUACUAAUUUUUUCAUAUUCAUAUAAUCCAUAUUAUAUAUAUAAUCUGAUCUAUCAUUCCAUCCCAUCGCCAUGAGUUUCCUCUUCGGCAAGAGAAAGACUCCUGCAGAACUUCUGCGGGAAAACAAGAGGAUGAUGGAUAAGUCUAUUAGGGAAAUUGAAAGGGAGAGACAAGGUUUGCAGAAUCAGGAGAAGAAACUUAUUCUGGAGAUUAAAAAAAGUGCAAAGCAAGGCCAGAUGGGAGCAGUAAAGGUGAUGGCGAAAGACCUUAUUAGAACAAGACACCAGAUUGAAAAGUUCUACAAGUUAAAAUCUCAAUUGCAGGGUGUAUCACUCAGGAUUCAGACACUGAAAUCAACCCAAGCAAUGGGAGAGGCAAUGAAAGGUGUCACGAAGGCUAUGGGCCAGAUGAAUAGGCAGAUGAACUUGCCAUCUCUGCAGAAGAUAAUGCAAGAGUUUGAGAGGCAGAAUGAGAAAAUGGAAAUGACCAGUGAGAUUAUGGGAGAUGCAAUUGAUGAUGCUUUGGAAGGUGAUGAGGAAGAGGAAGAAUCAGAAGAGCUAGUGAACCAGGUCCUUGAUGAGAUUGGUAUAGAUAUCAACAAUGAGCUCAUGAAUGCACCAUCGGGAUCUGUAGCUGCUCCAGCUGCACAGAACAAGGUUGCUGCGCAAGCCGAAGGGGCAGGGCCAGAUGAUGGAGUGAUAGACAGCGAUUUACAGGCUAGGUUAGACAACUUGAGGAAAAUGUGAUAUUAAUUUGUCAAUAGGAAGAUUGUGAAAUAUAAAAAAAUUAUCUCAGACUCUCUACCCUGGACUUGGGAGGCACUUAUGCACGACCUUCACACUUUCAAUUUAUUUUUGUUUUGCUGUACAAGAAAUGAGAAGUUGAGGUUUGUAAUUCUAAAAUGUCUGUUGAUAAUGUUAUAUUGCAUUACUUGGUAGGAGAAAAAAUUGGAAUUUUAUGACAUUUGUCGACUCUCCUGGCAGGAAUAUCCUGGACUGCUAUAUCAGCUUUCUAUUGUUGUGUA